AUCUGAAGCAAAGCUCAACAGUUGGUUACCCAUUCAGCAUUUUCAGGCUGAAUUCGACUCGUUACGGCCGUUCAGCUAUCCGAAUACAGAUGUAUUUUUACUGUGUUUCAAUGUUAUGUUACCGAGUACACUCAGAUCGAUCACAGAUCAUUGGAUACCCGAAAUUACACGAUCAUCACCUAAUACACCCAAUUGCUACUCAAUCCCGGUGCUACAUAUUCAUGAAUUGAUUGUUUCAGUAAUAUUAGUUGGCACUCAGUCCGAUCUUCGCUCCAAUAUGCGACUCGUUGUAGAGUUAUGUCGAAGAGGUGAACAACCCGUGAACGAAUCAAAAGCGCGUUUAUUAGCCGAUGAAUUUGGUGCUGAUUAUGUGGAAUGCUCUGCCUUGACACAGUCCAACUUAAAAGAGGUGUUUGAUGCAGCAAUAUUGGCUGCAUUACGAGGUAAAUCCGCACAAAUCCCAAUGCAAAGGAUUUGUCAUAAAGACGAAAAGAAAUCCAAAUUUCGAGAAGGCAUUCGACGCAUUGUUACAUUUACGAAACGACUCAUUUGA